AUGGGAAACCUAUUGAAUUGGUUUAAGACUUUAGAACUAUUUGUAAAUAACCGUCGAGCGAAACAAUAUGCUGUUCGUCGUUCGGAUCCAGAUCAUCCCGAACAUGUUUCUCCAGAUAAAUUAACAAAUAUUAACAAAAUUGUCAGGCAAUCUGAAUAUUCAUCAAUCCAAAUAGAAACAACAGUACCACCACCAACAACAACAGUGGCAUCAUCUAAUCAAUGUAGCGAUUUUUAUUUAGCAUGUCGCAAUAAUAAUAUUGAAGAAGUUCAAAAUUUACUUAGCACUAUAGACAUCCAUGAUAUUGACAGAAUUGAACCGAAUGGUAGUACGGCAUUACAUGCUGCAUGUUUUCAUGGGCAUCAAGAAAUUGUUGAAUUAUUAUUGAACCAAGGAGCAAAUAGAGCUAUUCAAAAUAAAUAUGGUUAUUUACCAUUUGAUGAAGCGAACAGCGAUAAAAUCAAACAACUUUUCUAUCGUAUACCGAAUUGUAAUAGAUUCAUAUCAAAUAUAGGUACUAUUGAGUGGGAAAUUAUUGAUGAUGAUGAUGAUGAUGUUAUAGAUGAUGCUGCACGAACGCGACAUUCUCUUAAAUCCAUUUUUGACAACGCUAGUGGACUGACACCAAUGGAGACAAUGUUUGAAAAAAUUGAAACGAAAUAUAUUGGUAAAGGUUUAGUUAAUUUUCAAAGAAUCGAAGAUAUCAAACGUUUCUUUCGAAAAGCAACCGAAGAACAAGAUCCAAUAUGGAUCGUUACAGCUUAUACAGCUGAAACUGAGUUUUAUAAAAUUCUCAAUCGAGAUAUAGCAGGUGGUUCUACACAACAUCAAAAUGAACGACAAUUUAUUAUAGCAUUAUUAUUAUUCCAUCCAAAAUUGGAUCAUUUAUCCUAUACUGGUCCAUCUUAUAGAGUAAUGCAAAUGAAUGAAGAUAAUAUUAAAAAGUAUAAAGAGAAUUGUUUAUUAAUGACCAAAUCAUUUGUAUCAUCAUCCAUUGAUGAACAAAUUGCUUUAUGGUUUUUAGGUCGACAAGAAUUAGCAAGAAAAGAGAAUGGUCAAGCAAAUCGUUUUAAUCUUGAUGGAAAAAUAAUUAAAAAAUGGAUUAUGUGUAAAUAUCAAAUAAAAGGGCGACGAAAUGCUUUACAUAUUGAAAAUUCAUCUCAAUAUGCUAGUGAAGGUGAAAUAUUAAUUAUGCCAUACACCGUUUUCAGAGUAAUAAACAUUGCAGAAGUUAAAGUUCCAAAUAUGGAUGAUGAACAUUGGAUCACUGAGAUUCAACUAGAAGAAUAUGAACAGUACAUACCCACUGUUUUUUUGUAA